AAAAAAAGCUUUUUAUCAAAUAAUGUUUUAGCUCUCAAAAUUGGAUAUCCACUCAAAAUUAAUUAUUAGUAUAAUGCGAUAUAAAGAAUUGAGAUUAGAAAUCCAAUCUUAAUGAAAAAUUUUCAUGUUUCUUUAGUUUGUUUUGAAAUAUUCAAGAAAAUGGAUAAAGUAACUAAAAUGUGGACUGGACCUUUGCCGGUUGAUUCUCCUUAUAUCAAAGCUAAAAGGCUAUAUUAUAUUCAAGACGGUAAAGAAAAAAAUUGGGACUUGCUGCAGGUUCAUGACUCGGUUUCAAUAAUAAUAUAUAACAAAAGUAAUAAAAGUCUAGUUUUCGUUAAACAAUUCCGACCACCGGUAUAUUAUGGAAUUGUUAGCAAUUGUGGCGACAUUAAUAAUAUUGAUUUUGAAAAAUUUCCACCAAAGUUAGCAAUAACUCUUGAGUUAUGUGCAGGAAUUGUAGAUAAAAAUAAAUCUUUUAAGGAAAUAGCAAAGGAAGAAGUUUUGGAAGAAUGUGGCUAUGAAGUUCCGUUAGAUAGUUUAGAAAGUGUUCUUAAGUUCAGGUGCAACGUAGGAACUUCAGGUGCUGAACAAGAAAUGUUCUUUUGUGAAGUUACUGAAGAACAAAAAGUAAACAAGGGAGGUGGCAUUGACGAUGAAAUUAUUGAAGUUGUUGAAUAUUCUAUUCCUGAAGCAGCAGCUUUGAUUCAAGGAUCUGUCAUUAAUAGUCCUCCAAGUUUUCUAUUUGGGGUUUUGUGGUUUUUAAAUAACAAAUGUACUAACAAUGAAUAUAAAAACAAUUGAUGUUUUGUUUUUCAACUAGUAGUAAAAUUAUAAUUCUUUAAUAAAAAGUCGCUUAUGUAUGCACAUUCGUUACUAUA